AUGCGUUUCAAACUCCACGACGUUCACAUUCGUCGCACACUCUCUUCUUUAGCUGAAUCCUACACUUCUCCAGCUUCUCUCAGCUCCCGAAUCAGAGCCUUAGUCCACAAAACAGAGUAUCUACAAGCUCUGCAUCUAUACACUAACCAUGACAACUCUUCUCCACUCUGUACUUCCGUCUUCACAUACCCUUCUCUUCUCAAAGCAUGCUCUUCACUUCAAAACCUCUCCUACGGAAAAAUCCUCCACGCUUCAAUCAUCGUGUUGGGUUUGCGACACGAUCCCUUCAUUGCAACUUCGCUUGUUAAUUUUUACGUAAAGUGUGGAUCUUUAGAUAGUGCCGUCCAAGUGUUCGAUGGAAUGUCUCAAUGUGGAGAUGUCACGGUUUGGAACUCUUUGAUUGAUGGGUACUUUAAAUUUGGCAGAUUUAAGGAUGGGUUUGAUUUGUUUCGUCGGAUGGUGGCGUUGGGUGUGAGGGCUGAUGGUUUCUCGUUGUCUAUUGUUGUGGGUGUUUUGUGUAAAGGUGGAGACUUUAGGUGGAGGGAAGGGAAACAGGUUCAUGGGUAUAUGGUAAGGAACUCGUUAGGUGAUGAUUCGUUUUUGAAAACUGCUUUGAUUGAUAUGUAUUUCAAGUUUGGGUUAGGGGUUGAUGCGUGGCGUGUGUUUUUGGAGGUUGAGGAUAAGUCUAAUGUUGUUCUGUGGAAUGUGAUGAUUGUUGGGUUUGGUGAUAGUGGGAGCAGUGAAUUUAGCUUGGAGUUGUAUGUGCUUGCUAAGAGUAACAGUGUUAAGCUUGUUUCCACUUCUUUCACUGGGGUUCUUGGUGCAUGUGGUAGAAGUGGGAGUUUUAGUUUUGGGAGACAGAUACAUUGCGACGUGGUGAAGAUGGGACUUGAUAAUGAUCCUUAUGUUUGUACUUCUCUUCUGUUAAUGUAUUCAAAGUGCGGUAUGGUUGGUGAGGCAGAGACUGUCUUCAGUUGCGUUAUUGAUAAAAGACUUGAAAUAUGGAACGCCAUGGUUGCAGCUUAUGCAGAGAAUGGUUACGGACAUAGUGCUUUGGAGUUGUUCAGUUUGAUGAGAGAGGAUCGUGUCUUGCCUGAUUCUUUUACCUUGUCAAAUGUUAUAGCGUGUUGUAGCAUGUUAGGGUUGUAUAACUAUGGCAAAUCAGUCCACGCGGAACUGUUUAGGAGACCAAUACAAAGCACACCUGCAAUAGAUAGUGCUUUACUCACUCUGUACUCUAAAUCUGGAUGUGAUACUGAUGCGUAUUUAGUCUUCAAAUCAAUGGAAGAAAAAGAUGUGAUUGCGUGGGGCUCCCUGAUCUCAGGACUUUGCAAGAAUGGGAAAUUCGAAGAGGCUCUGAGAGUUUUUGGUUCCAUGAAAGAUGAUAAUGAUAGGUUAAAACCUGAUUCUGAUAUUAUGACCAGUGUUAUAAACGCAUGCGCAGGAUCAGAGGCUCUCAGUCUUGGCCUUCAAGUUCAUGGUGGAAUGAUUAAAACGGGUCUAGUGCUGAAUGUUUUUGUUGGCAGCUCCCUUAUCGAUCUGUAUUCUAAGUGUGGUUUACCAGAAAUGGCUCUCAAUUUUUUUACUAGCAUGAGAACAGACAACAUUGUUGCCUGGAACUCCAUGAUAUCUUGCUACAGUCGAAACAGCCUUCCUGAACUAUCCAUAGAACUUUUCAGUCUAAUGCUCAAUCACGGUGUCUUCCCGGAUUCAGUAUCAAUCACAAGUGUUCUUGUUGCAAUCUCAUCAACUGCAGGCUUGCUUAAAGGGAAGAGUCUACAUGGUUAUACAUUAAGACUCAACAUUCCUUCAGAUACUCACCUGAAAAACGCUUUGAUUGAUAUGUAUGUAAAGUGCGGGUUGUCCAAGUAUGCAGAGAAUAUCUUCACGAAAAUGGAGUAUAAAAGUCUGGUCACUUGGAACCUAAUGAUAUAUGGUUACGGAUCCCAUGGAAAUUGUCAUAGAGCAUUGAGUCUGUUCGAUGAGAUGAAGAAGGCAGGAGAAUCGCCAGAUGAUGUGACGUUCCUCUCUUUGAUUUCAGCCUGUAGUCAUUCCGGUUUUGUGCAGGAGGGUAAAAACAUUUUUGAGAUCAUGAAACAAGAGUAUGGCAUUGAACCAAAAAUUGAGCAUUAUGCUAAUAUGGUGGAUCUUCUAGGACGUGCCGGUCACCUAGAAGAAGCUUACAGUUUUAUAAAAGCAAUGCCUAUUGAACCAGACAGUAGUACAUGGUUGUGUCUUUUAUCUGCGUCAAGAACCCAUCAUAAUAAGGAGCUUGGGAUAUUGUCUGCUGAGAACUUGUUGAGGAUGGAACCGGAGAGAGGUAGUAACUAUGUUCAGUUGAUUAAUCUUUACAUGAAAGCAGGAUUGAAGAAAGAAGCAGCCAAGCUGUUGAGAGAGAUGAAGGAGAAAGGCUUGCAAAAAAAUCCAGGUUGUAGCUGGAUUGAAGUGAGCAAUCUCAAUCAUGUUUUCUUUUCAGGAGGUUCGUCUUCUCCAAUGGCGUCUGAGAUGAUCUUUAAUGUAUUGAAUAGCGUAAACAGUAACAUGACAGACGAAGAUGAGUUUGGCUUGAACAAGAUAAUGUAA